CCCCGGCCGCCCCCCAUGGCCGUGGAGAGCCCCGGCGUGCCCCCGCCCAGCAGCCCGCACGCCAGGCCCCCUUCCCCCUCGCCGGCCGCCUCCCUCCUCCACAGCCACCACCACGGCAGCAGCCUGGGCCUCGGCGGCGCCAGCGCCCGGCCGCUCCAACAACACCACCACGGGCCCGGCCCGGACGAAAGGGAGGAUGGGGAGCUGGAAGAAGGGGAGCUGGAAGAUGACGGGGGCGAGGAGCCGCAUGACGCUUCAGAGUCCCGAGAGAAGAGUCGGAAGGACAAAAACGAGAAGCAUCAUAGUGACUCGGAUGAAGAGAAGACUCACCGGAGGAAAAGGAAGCGUCGGAAAGAGCGCGAGAAAGAGAAGCGGAGGUCCAAAAAGAAAAGGAAAUCGAAGCACAAGCGCCAUGCCUCUUCAAGUGACGAUUUCUCAGACUACAGUGAGGACUCAGACUUCAGCCCCGGCGAGAAGGGGCAUCGGAAGUACAGGGAGUACAGCCCUCUCUACUCCUCCUCCUCUCAUCAGCAGUAUUCGUCAUCUCACAGCGCCCCCAAAAAGGGAUAUUCCAAAAUGGAAAGCAAGAACUAUCCCAUGUACGAGGAAUAUGAGAACGAGGGCUAUUGUGACUAUGAGGGAGAGGAUGACGAGGACAUGGGCAAAGAAGACUACGAUGACUUCGCAAAGGAGCUGAACCAAUACCGGAGGGCCAAGGAGGGGUCACACAGGGGGAGAGGGGGUCGUGGGCGAGGCCGAGGCUACCGUGGUCGUGGAAGAGGCGGGAUGCGAGGGCGAGGCAUGGGCAGAGGCAACCGUGGCAGGGGAAGAGGAGAGCAUCUGGAGGAGGAGGAGGAGGAGGAAAUGUAUGAAGAGGAAAUGGAGUACUGCGAAGGAGAAGAGCCUCCAGGGGGAGAUGAGUAUGACGACUAUUCCAAAGAGCUGAACCAGUAUCGCAGGAGCAAGGAAGGAAGGGGAAGAGGCUUAGGUCGUGGCCGAGGCCGUGGCUCCCGAGGGCGAGGCGGCAAGGGGAUGGGCCGAGGAAGAGGCCGGGGGAGAGGAGGCAUGGGCAAAGGAGGGGGGAUGAAUGAAGAGGACGACUACUACGAUGACGACAUGGGGGAUGGAGGCGGAGGCGGGAAUUAUCGGCGGAACGACCACGAUAAAUCUCACCAGCAAUCAGAUAAGAAAGGAAAAGUCAUCUGCAAAUAUUUUGUGGAGGGAAGAUGCACCUGGGGUGAACACUGCAACUUCAGCCAUGACAUUGAGCUGCCAAAGAAGCGGGAACUGUGCAAGUUUUACAUCACUGGCUACUGCGCCAGAGCCGAAAACUGUCCCUACAUGCACGGGGACUUCCCUUGCAAGCUGUUCCACACGACUGGGAACUGCAUCAACGGAGACGACUGCAUGUUCUCCCACGAACCUCUCACAGACGAGACGCGGGAGCUUCUGGAUAAGAUGCUGGCGGACGAUGCUGAGGCCGGAGCAGAAGACGAGAAGGAAGUGGAGGAGCUGAAGAAGCAAGGCAUCAACCCCUUGCCCAAGCCGCCUCCCGGAGUAGGGCUGCUGCCCACCCCCCCUCGGCCGCCGGGGCCGCCAGCUCCAACGUCGCCCAACGGCCGACCCAUGCCUGGCGGGCCACCUGCUCCGCCGCCCCCACCGCCUCCCCUCCCGCCCCCUGGGCCCCCGCAGAUGCCGCCUCCGAUGCACGAGCCCCUCUCGCCGCAGCAGCUGCAGCAGCAGCAGGACAUGUACAAGAAGAUCCCCUCCCUCUUUGAGAUUGUGGUGAGGCCCACCGGCCAGCUGGCGGAGAAGCUGGGUGUGAGGCACCCAGGCAUGUCUCCGCCUAUGUUCCCUGGGCAUCCCGACAUGCCCCCAGACAUGCCCCCCGACAUGCUUCCUGACAUGUGCCCUGACAUGUGUCCCGACAUGCCCAUGGGCCCCGGCAUGAACCCUGGUGCUCCCAUGGGCCCCGGGCCCCCAAUGAUGCCCUUUGGGCCCGAGGAGAUGCCCCCUGGCCCACCAGCACCCGACUUCUAUGACGGCUUCUACCCGCAUCCAGAAGGCUUGGAGAUGGACCCCAACCUGAUGGGUGGCCCAGAGGGCUACGGGAACUACGAUGAGAUGGACGAGCUGCCCGGGGAAAACAUCUUCCCCGACCCUUCCCUGGAGCCAGACCCCUUCUGCGACGGAGGGGUGCCCAGGCUGCAGAAGCCUCCCACCAACGUCCCCAACUUCCUGCCGUCCACGCAGCGGGCUCUGUACCUGCGCAUCCAGCACAAGCAGGAGGAGGAGGAGGAGAGGGCUCGGCGGCACGCGGAAGGCUACAAGCCGGAUCGGGAGCACGAGGAAGGUGAUACUGGCAAUUGGUACUCCAGCGACGAGGACGAUGGCAGCAGCAGCGUCAGCUCCAUCCUGAAGACUCUGCGGCAGCAAAGUUCCAGCCGGCCCCAUGAAGACGCUCCCAGUGGCGCUGGCCCCGCCUUGGGCAGGAGCGACCCUCGCCUCCAGAAAAGCCAGCCCCCGGGAAGCGGCCGGCCGGCCGACCCUCGCCUCCUGCGUGACCCCAGGCUUUCUCGAGGCGUGGAGCCUUCUGCUCCGCCCGGCGUGGGGGACGCAGGGCCCACAGAUCCCAGGCUGGCGCGGCACAUUCCCCCCUCUGCCCCUAAAACAGACUCUCUGCAUUCCAGCCCCUCCGUUGGGCAGAAGGGUGUUCCGGUUCCGGAAGAGGAGGAAGGGGAGAGAGCUCUGAGGGACAAGCCGGUCACGAUUCCCCUGGAUCCUCUGCCAAAUCACACCCUGAGGGACCCUCGGGGUCAGCUGCAGCAGUUCAGCCACAUCAAGAAAGACACUGUCCUGGUCAUGCCCGGUUUUGCCCGCAUGGUCCUGUGGAGCCCCGAGGACCUCAUCCCGCUGCCUGUCCCCAAGCAAGAGUUUGUUCCCGUCCCGGCAGCUCUGCAGGCUCUGCCUGGUCUGGAUCCGCGCCUGAACCGGCCUCAGAACUCCACAGGCCUCUCCGACCCCAGGCAGCGGGCAGCAGCCCCAGCAGAAGCCUCGGCCGGCUCUGGCUCCAGCCUCCCGGACUUUGAGCUGCUCUCGAGGAUAUUGAAGACCGUCAACGCAGCAGGCAGCCCCACCCCGAGCGACAAGCCAAGCGAUCCCCGGAUGCGCAAAGCCCCUGCUGACCCCAGGCUGCAAAAGGCUUCUGAGCCAGCGCCCUCGGCGCCCUCAAAGCCAACGGAGGCCGCCAGCACGUCGGCAGCUGGCCCUGCUGCCUCCUCGGAGGCAACCCCCAGCAUCGCUCCCUACGACCCCCGGCUGCUGACGGCGGGAGGGCUGAGCAGAGGCACCAGCCAGAGCAGCGUCCUGAGCGGGAUCAGCCUCUAUGACCCAAGGACUCCGGGCUCAGGCGGCAAGGCUGCGGAGCCAGCUGGGGAGGGCAGCAACAGCAAAGGCAGCGCCAGAGGGAAGGAGCCCUUGUUUGUUCGCCGGUCGGCCCUGGACCAGCUGGAAGCGGAGAAGCCCAGCGCAGAACCGUCGACCGACAGGUACAACAGCUACAACCGGCCCCGGCCCAAGGCUGCCGCCGCCACCACCACGGCCACCACUGCCGCCACCACCACCACGCCUGCUGCCACAGAGACUGCCGCACAGCCCGGCAUCCACAACCUUCCGGUGCCCCCCGUCUAUGGCAUGGUGAAGCAGGCGGCCAAGUCCGGGGCAGGCAGCCCCUUUGCUGGAAACAGCCCUGCGCAGGACGGGGACCCGCAGGACGCCGGCUCCUUAAAGGAUGUUUUUAAAGGCUUUGACCCCACAGCCUCCCCGUUCUGCCAGUAGUAUUAAAGACUUGCCCCUGCAGCCUUGUGCCCGAGAGAAGCAGCAGUGUUCGAAACUUGUUCUCUUCUUUUCCUUUUAUUCCAUUAAUCCACCCCCCCCUCCACCCCAGCCAUAUAACUUGUAUAUACAUCCUUUGGGUUUUGCUCAGUGCUGUAGCGUGUAAUAUCCAAGCUGCAUUGUAAACAAGUAAUCAGAGUAUCUUAAGUAGUACUAGCCAGUAUUGUCUGAUGCCCUGGGCCUUUGUUUGAGGCUCACCUGAAAUCAUUCAUUGUCUUCAAAUCCUCUUUGGAAACCUGGGCCAGCAAUCCCUCCAGCCCUUAGCCUUCCUUUGCACAGUGGGCUACGUCCGAACCCCUCCUGCUGCUCCUCCUCCUCCUCUUCAGGUGUUCUCUGCGGGGUGGAGGAGAGGCUGGGGAGAGAAAGGUGGUUCUUUCCUGUUGCGUCAAGGGAUGAUGCUGUCAGCCAUGCUGAUCUGUAGAAUAUAUGUAUCUUCAUUUCUUAGCUGUAACAAAAUAAGUGUAUCAUAGCCUUUUUUUAAGAAGGAAAAAAAAUCUAGUGCGGUGAAAAUUACCAUGGAGAAAUAACCAUGUUGGAUUAUUUUUGUAAUUGUGUUGGAUUUUAAGUACUUGUUUGCCAUUUCCUGGAGGUUGCUGGAUCCAGAUCCAGCUGAACUAGAACAGGGCGCUACAUCCGGGGUGUUGGGGCAGCCUCUCAAAAAAGUGAUGCUUUCUACCAAAACAGAAUUUGUAGUAUUGAAAUUAAAUUAUUAAUAUCCCUUUGA